AUUUAAAGAGAACUCGGUGGAGGCUGCAGAGGUAGAGAAGAAGCACGGCGGGGAGGAGCUGCAGAAGCAGCAGUAGCAGAUCGGUGUCCUCGGUGUCCUCGGUAAAGCUGCUGGUCUGGAUGCCUCACUCGUGCACUGGUCACACCUGAAUGGCUUAAACCGAUCCGGGCUAUUUCCAACCGUGCAGACUUCAGGAGAUUUGAGGCUGAGCACGGGCUGGAAAUGAAGUUUCUUGGCUUUCUCGUGCUAAUGCUGUGCAACUCGUCUCGUGCUUUUCCUGCUCCAGUGGAUACUGUCAUAGUCCAGGCCCAGCAGUGGGGAGUGGUGGGUGCUCAGCGGGUCGAGGAACAGGUUCUUCUCAAUGGAGUCUCUCUGUCCGGCACAAGCCAGGAAUUCAACAAUAUAAAGGAAACCAUUUCGACUGAUGCACUCCUCCUUGCUCUCAUCAGUGUCAACCAGACUUCAGUGCUCAGGAACCACACUGUUCUGCGCUCUCGUGAAUGCAUACUGGAGGGGUCUGAGCUGCACUGGACGGACCGUGUGUUCUACGAUGGGAAGGUCUAUCUCACUCUGGACCACUCGGACACGUGGACGGCCCAUGCUCCACAAGCGCUGGCCAUCAAAGUGUUGUGGGACCAGGAAGAGGAGCGCACGCGGGCAGAGAGGAUCCGCCUUCAGGAUGGAUGCAUCAGGCUCAUGAGGGAGCUGAAGCUUUCGGGGGAACAGUCGGGUGCAGGGAUUCCCUUGCCUCAGGUUCUGAUCCCCAUCCUGGCACUGCUGGCGUUUACAGGCUUUAUCCUGAUCAGCCUCCUCCUCUCCAAAAACAGGGGUUUGAGGCACCCUGGAGGGGUUGUUGGCUCUCUCAUACAUUACCCCACGGACAUGACUGAAAAGGUUCCGGAGAAAAAAGGCAAUGGUUACCGUACCAUGUGAUACAAAGCUCAAGCUACAUGUCGGACUUGGGUUUGAGCUCUCUCCUCUGUAUCUACUGUUGAAUGUCCACUUCAGGAUUUAACCUUAAAUACGUUUCUUCUCUCUGUGAUGACAUUGUCGCUCCAUGAAUGGAAACAUAUCUUUGCUAUAGAGCACCAACCACCUACUGUAACGAACCAGUCUGCAUUUCAGACAUUAGUAUAUGCAGUUUGUCAUGCAUGUAUCACACUUUACACUGCUGUUUUUAUCCCGUGUAUCUUUCAAAUGUAUGCAUUCACCCACAGAAAUGUAAGAAUGUUCACUGCCUGCAGCAAUCUACAAACUUCUUUUUGCUCACUUAACAAGGGCAGAAGUUUCCACUAGUUUGACAUAGUCGGACAGAUUCUGUGUCAAGUCUGCAAAGUAUCUAAUGAAAUUUACGACAGACUGUAGCAAAUGGUCAAGCACUGUGUUCAUAAAACUCUUCUGAAAAACAUUGGAUGGAAGGGCUCUGUGUAUUUUCCAAAGAGGCUGACUUAGCUGUGGUGUUUGAUUUAUAAAAAAAAAAAAAAAACUUCCUAAUGGUUAAAUUUAUGAGUGCUGUUGCAAUUGUCAAUAUUUUGUUUCUUAUUAUGUGUGUGAAAUUUACAGAAAUUAUAAAUUAAAGAUGCUUUUAUUCCAGGUUUAUUUUAUAUGAUCCUAUUUUUUGGGGUUUGGUCCCGGAUACGUUAAUCUGCAGAUUUGAGAAUGAAAUGGAAAAAAACAAUGAUUCACAUUAGUUUUGUUAAUUAUUAUUUUCGCUGAUUGUAUCUAAGGAAGGUUAUCUUUUCACACAGGCAUGAAUUUAUUGUGUGUCGACAUUGAUGUGAGAUCAUGUUGAAAAAUCUGCCUUUAAUCCAAGCUCGAACACUUGAUAUAAACUUUAGUGUGUGCUUACUCAAUUUAUACACUGGUUUCAUGAUGGAUUUCAAGUUAAAAACAUUUGAUUUUAUAUUGAUAAUUAUUCCCCCGGGUCUCAAGAAGAAGUGUGAGAAAUUUUAAAAACAAGCCGUCUCACCUGCCCAAUAUUAUGCUGCUGCUUUCCUGGCACACAUGGCCUUUCAAGAGAGCGCUACCAUAAGGACUAGUUUCAAUAUCCCCCCAUAAAGUUUAGCCAUAGACUGAGUGCAGUUUAACAUUUCAGCUGCUGAGCUGACCAGAGUCACCGUGUCAUUUAUUCCGUUGUGCUGCGCUGAAGAUGUGACCAACAAAGUGUUUACUUUAGAGCAAUUCAAUUAACUUCUGCACCAUUUCCAAAAACAGAUUUGAUAUACUUGAAUUAAAAGAAGUCGUGAGACCACUGAAAAUGAAUACUAUCAGUUUUAAUUUAUUGUGUUUGCAGUAACAUCCCUUCAAGGUGUUUAUUCUCACGGAUGAGUCUAUAUGUGAUUAUUCCUUUUUUAGAAAUUAUAUUCUUCUCAAAUAUUGAGAGCAUGUACAGUAUUUUGUCUGCAUUCAUUAAAACAAUCUCAUAACACAGUG